GUCAGUGUCAAAUCAACAGAAAAAAAAACGGCAACCGUACAGAAGAAAGACGAAGACCAAACGCAAAACAAUUUCACAAGAUUUUUCUAAAUAUUCCAAAAAACUAUCUCAAAAUAUGGAUACUGAACUUCGUGGCAAAAUUGAAGCCUGCUGUAACACAGCUGAAGAAUUCACAAAACUUUACUACAAAAGUUUCGACAAAAGCCGACAUCAAAUGAAUCGCCUCUACCUUGACACUGGAGUCUUUGUUUGGAAUGGCAGUGGGGCAAUAGGCAAGGACAAUAUACAAAAACUUCAAAUUGAACUGCCAUCGUCCGAGCACAAUCUGUACACUCUGGACGCUCAACCGAUUAUCGAUGAUGCUGUUGCCGGACAACUAACGUACGCCAUCCAAACUGGAGGAACCGUGAAGUACAUGGACAACCCAGUCAAACAAUUCCAACAGACAUUCAUCAUCACUGCCCAAGGUGAUAAAUGGAAAAUUGCAAGCGACAGUUAUCGCCUGCAAGAUGCUAUCGCAACUGCGGAUAAAUGAUUUCAAACACCAAAGUAAA